AUAAAAAUUAUAAUUACGUCCGGCUUCUCACAAUCUAAAUUAUGCACAUAAUUUCACGAUUCAUAAGGAUCCGUCGUUGAACCGAGACUCGAUUCGCGUUGUCCGUGACAUUAUCGGUCGUUCCUUCGAACGUACAAGGGUUAUUUUCGGUAUAGGGGUUGUUAACCUUUAGGAGAACUUUCACUGAUUAGAUCACGUGUAAAAUGUCCUUGACCUCGACAAUAAAACAAUCUUCAAGCGGAAGUGACGUAAGAACUGAAUGCAUUAAUUAAAACCCCAGUUAGUCCCUCAUAAGUCAUAGAAAUGUCUGGAAAGAUCAUUCUUUUUCUUUUCUCCAUUACACAAUGACCGAUGACCUUUUUUUCUAACACUUCUAUCGGAGGAUUCAAGUCAUUCGAUAAGUAAUGACAAUAGCUCAGUAGACAGCUGAAAGAGUCUGUCUUGGAUAAGAUUAGAAAAACGUUAAAUGGAAGUGUCAAAGUUAUUCGUAUCAAUCGUUAUAGAUAUAUAAUCCGAUAGCGUUGCAGGUGUCGAAGAUUUGUCCGUCGGCUCGGUAAUUGUUCUCAGUCUUAAUUCAAGCGGAGAACAGUUGAUAGGAAAGACUCGCAAGAUGCUGCACCUCAGUAAUUACCUGGUGUGUCUAGUGAUUUUCUUUAGCGUCUCGCUAGUACAGGCAUCGACCAAGAGCAUCGCCGAACAGGAUGCGGAAGUUUUUUCAGAAAUUGCUCUCAGGGAAUCAAACUGGGAAUGCAAAUCCGACAGUGACUGCAGCGCGACUAAUAGCAGCUGCGUAAACGAUCGCUGCAGUUGCAAUGGUGGUUACAUCUUUAAUGUGGCCAUGACGGCCUGCCUUAAAAUUGCAACUUCAUACGGUGACGAAUGCGAGGAAACUUUACAAUGCACUAAUUAUCUAUUGACCGGUGCAAGUUGCACUGAUAAUAUAUGCGUCUGUGGCGAUGGCUAUCAUUAUAUUCAUGGGCGAUGUUAUGUUACUUCUGGCCUUUUUGAGGAAUGUGAUUCAGACGUUAAUUGCUAUGUUAAUGCCGACAUAGAAGCUACUUCUUGUGUCAAUGGUACUUGUCAGUGUAGCGAUGGCUUUUAUCAACGAGAAUAUCGUACCUGUAGAAGAGGAGGAUACGCUGUCGGAGAUGAUUGUAUGAUCGAUAACGAUUGCUUGUUCGAAAACGCCUACUGUAAUUCGAGUAACGUUUGUGCUUCGACUAACGCAGUUGCAACAUCAACACGACGUCGAAGGAAUACUGAAUACAAAUUAAUUACAGCGCGCGACGACGCUGUCACAGGUCUAGGCUCCGAUUGCACGGAAGAUGCGAAUUGUACGGCUGUUGUAGAAAAUUCAGUUUGUUCAUCCGAUUCCGUCUGCCAAUGUGAUAUAAAAUUUGUAGAGAAUAACGGAAGCUGUGUCCCAGGUAUAUAUGUAGGAGUAGAAUGCACCCAGGAUGCAGAUUGUGCAACUAUUGAUAACUCACGUUGCGGUAUCUCUGGAACUUGCAUAUGUAAACGCGCCCAUUUCGCAUCAACGGAUUUAACAAGUUGCGUUCCAGAACUGGGAGAGUCUUGUACCAACGAUGACACCACGUCCAUCGGAAACUCCUUGUGCAGAAACGGAACCUGGAGUUGUAUCAGCACCAGUGUUUUUUCAACGGACAAUAAAUUUUGUCGAAAGACAACCAAGAAGUACAGGUGGUCUUGUGUCUACAACGAGCAAUGCUAUAUAUUCGGACCAAAUGCAGUAUGUCAAAAUAAAAAAUGCCUCUGCGACGAGGAUUCUCACUUGGAACAAGACGAUGCCUUCUGCUGGCUGAACAAAGGGAUUGGCGAAAGUUGCCAGAAUGAUAAGGAUUGCUAUAUCGAAGGAUUCCACGUGGAUAUAUAUUGCAGGGAUAGUAUAUGCUCGUGUCCUAAUGGUACCCAUCUCAGUGCGAAUGGCACAGCCUGCAUCGACGACGUGGCUGAACUCGGGGGAGCAUGCGAAUCCGACAGUGACUGCGCAAUUGCCAAUUCCGUUUGUUUGGAUGCAGCGUGUGCUUGUGCCGAAUAUCAUUACGAAGUGCAGGGUCAAUGUGUUGGAGGUAUAAACGCUACUUGCUCUACCGAUGCCGAUUGCAAUGCUAAAAAUUCGGUAUGUUCCUCCAACCUGUGCACCUGUAACGACGGCUACGUCAUGUACAGCAUGGAUACCUGUAUUGUCGUUUCGAAUUACGAGGAGGAAUGUCAGUAUGACAUUCAAUGUUCCACGUCAAUGGAUAAUACUGUCUGUAGGAUAGUCCAAGACUCGGAAUCUGAUAACGAGACGAUAACCGGAACGUGCACCUGCGACACUGAUUAUCACAACAGAUAUGGAGCGUGCCUCUCAAAAGCAUUAUUAGGAGAUAGCUGCACAUCUGCUGGUGAAUGUUACGUGGAUUCUGGUCUGGAUGGAGUAGCCUGCCUGAAGGGAGUUUGCAGAUGCGGUUGGUCUUAUAGGCAACUGGAUAAAACAACGUGUAUAUACAGCGACGCCAGCACACUGUUUUUAUCAACAUCGCUUGGACUGACGAUUCUACUUAUGAAAUUUGUAUUCUAACAUAUUACACGUAAGACUCGAAGAUUCUUAUUAUCUAAGAAUCACAGUGUACAGGACUUUUUUUAUAUAAAAAAAAAAGAUACACUCUCGUGCUAAGGUC